ACGGGGCUACUUGCACCGGCUGCCGUGGGGCGCGUUUGGGGGCUGCCACCAGGACCCCACCGAGCGCUGCCUGGGAGACCCCACCGGUACCCUGAACACUGCCAAGGCGCCCUCUCCUCCCCGGCGGCACUGAGGCCCGUGGGACCCUCUCACCGCGACCGCCACAGCCCACCUGCCAGCACCACAGCCGCGGUGCCAGGGCCUGAGGGCACCAUGACCGUGCUCAAGCUGUCCCUCAUGGCCUUCAGCUUCGUCUUCUGGGCAGCAGGGCUGACCAUGCUCAUCAUUGGCCUCUGGGCCAAGAUGUCUCUGGGGGGCUACCUGGUGCUGUCGGCCAACGACUGCCCCAGUGCUCCCACCAUCCUCUUGGCCACGGGAGCCGCUGUCAUCAUCUGGGGCUUCCUGGGCUGCUUCGGGGCUGCCACGGAGCACCGGGGCCUCCUGCGUGCCUACAGCGCCUUUCUGACCGCCGUGCUGGCAGCCGGGCUGAUGGCGGGGCUCUCAGCGCUCUUCUACCGCCAGAACAUUGCCCAGGGUUUCCAGGAGGGGCUACGCCAGGCCGUGCUUGCCUACGAGGAGGACGAGGGGGUGGCGGACGCCCUGGAUGCUUUGCAGCGCGCCUUGUCCUGCUGUGGUGUGGAGAGCUACCGCGACUGGCUCACCUCGCCCUGGGGAAUGGAGCAGAACGGCUCGGUGCCCCUCAGCUGCUGCCGGGCCCGCCGGGGCUGCCAGCGCAGCCCGCCCAACGCACGCAGGCUGCACCGCGAUGGUUGCUUCAGCAAGGUGUCGGCCUUCGUCAGCAGCAACAUGUUUUAUGUUGCUACGGCUGCCCUGGGGCUGGCACUGCUGCAGCUCAUUGGCAUUGUGCUGGCCUGCCUGCUGGCUGCCCGUAUCCCUGCCCACCUGCUGGGCAUUGCCACCCCUCGCUGAGAUCCCCCCGGUCCUGCCCCUUGUCCCCUCCAGCUUGCUUCUUUCCCCCAGACCUGGGCACACCCCAUUGGGAAAAUCCUCCUUUCAUAUUCCCCACUUCCACCUGAGCUUCCUCCUCCAGUCUCCGUUCCUCCUGUGGAGCCUGUGUCAGGUACAUCAAUGCCACAGGCAUCUCCAGAGCCCCUCAAAGGUGCCUCCUGGCCUGGCUGUGCCCGCAGCAGGGCAGCAGGUGCCCACUGCCACCCUGCAGCCUCUGGACCGCUUCUGCAGACAGUGGUGACAGCAUGGACAGACAGACAUUGCUCUCUGGGGCAGUGAGAACAGCUGGUCAAGGCCGACCAGUUUUACUGGGUGAUGUAGCAUUUUGAAGCACUGAAAUGGGGGCCAGGAAAGAGUAGAGGGUCUGGGAGAGCAAGAGGGGUAUCUCAGUGUUACACUGGGUGAGUGUUCUUCUGAGACUGGAAAAUUAUGUUACUGGAAAACAGCUGGAGUGCACAAGGGGCAGGUCUAGUCUGGGGACACCCAGGUAGCCAUGCCAGCAGCUGCCAGAGGGAUCUGCUUGAGGGACUGCCCAGCAGCAUGCACCCCACUGGAGCAAAGGUUUCCUCCCUUCCCUGUGCGCAGGUUCCAGCUGCCCGGCUGCCACAGGCGCUCGUUUCCUGAGGUGGUUGUUUCGAUUGCUGAUCUCCAUCUAAAGGUGGAGCUGCAGCUCCCUCCUUCAGGACGUGCCUGUCUUAGCCAGUGCUUUGCUAGUUAUGUCUUUGCACGGCUAAGACCUUGAACUCGUGUCCCUGUCAUACAGGAGGAUGGCAAAAGCUGCUGGGUCAGAGCCGGCUAGGGGUGGCAAGAGGAGGGAAGAGCACGUUGCCCUUCAGAAGUUUCUUUUGGACUUUUGCUGUUAUCUUCAGGGUGAGCAGAACUAAGUCUCUGUUUUAUAGAAGGGUUUCUAAAAUCCAGCCCUCAGACUGACAUUUUUCCUUUUUCAAUCGAUUUGUCUCUGAAGUGUGCACCCACCUAUGUCUUUGAAGCCAGCUCUAUACAAACUGAGACUAAACAGAGGACCUCAAGACUUGCUGUGUAGCCCUGGGUGUGUGCAGGACAGACAGCAGUGUAAAUCUACAGGGUUUUGUUCUUCCCAACAGUUCUGGGCUUGCAUCUGGAGCCUUAGGAAAAGCAAGCCCUGCACUUUAGAGGGUCCUGAAUUUUUAGAGCUUCACCCCAGCUACUUCUUACUUCCUUAAAACCUGUGAACAGGACUUUUAUGUGUUUCUCUGCCGCAUAGCACAAAGGCAUGCUGAAUACCCCCUUUCCGCACAAAACUGGGGAGGGAGGAUUUCAGAAAAGAACCAACAACCACAAAGGAACUCCAGGAUGUGGCAUCUAGGAACGUGACUAGCAAAGCUGUGGAGAAUGGUCAAAUGCCAAGAAAUCCAAGCAGGACAGGAGAUCUUCAAUGAAGAUGACUGAUAGCUUCAUGGGAGGAGUGGAGUACCCGUGGGGGAAAGGGGAGUUGCAGUGAAGCUCUGGUGCCCGGGCAAUGAAUUCAUGGGAUGAGGGGUGAGGAAGGCUUGGCUCGUUUUCUUCCUUGCUUGCCUUUACUACUUUUGACUACAUUUCUGGCUUUCUUUCUUUCUGCCACUGAAAAGCGACUGCUCGGCUGCAAGGACAAGCCAGGCAGAGCCUCUGUCCCACUGGUGCGGGAGGUGAGAGCCUCUCUUCCCGCUCACUUUGGGAGAUGAAGCUGGCCCUGCCCGCUGGAGCAGCCGUGCCCGCUCAUCCUGGUGAGGCAGGGAAAGGAAGUGCAAACCCAUCCCUGCCUCUCCAUGGGGAAAACCAGAUCAAAUGCAGAGAUAACUCUUCUGCUGCUUAAAUCCUCACAGUUUCUAUACCUAAAAGAACUAUGCCUUGGUAUUUCUGUACUUUCCCCCUGCUGAAGAUAAGCUUCUAGGAUUUUGUUUGACAAUGCUCCUGGGGGUUAAACCAGGGCAAAAUGUGUAUUCACUUGGAAAGAUUUCGAUUUCAGGUAUCUUCACUGCUUUUAAUGGUUCAUACCAUUUAAAAAUACCUGAAAAUGCUACCAUUUCCCUGUCUUCUGUGAUAGUGAAGCCCUUUUGUUUUUUUCUCCCACCAGUCUUCUUUUAUGGGAGGGGGAUUGUUCAGUUCUAUGGUGAAUUUGUUCCACCUGCAGGACUGUAACUAUUUCUGUCCUGGGGACAGUGCUGCAAUUUGGCCUGCUAAUAACAGCCCCUGACUCGCUGGACUGCCCUCGUAAAGGUGCAGCAUUCCUGCAGAGCAAAGCAGUCUUGUCCAGGGAACAUAAAGGGAAUUCCCCCAAAUUAUAUUAACAAUUGCUCAAGCUCGAUGGUAGUUGAGAAUGUAAAAAAACCCAACCCAAACCAGUGUCAAUAGGUGUUUCCAUGGAAAAGUGAUGUUUUACUCUCCAGAUACGCGAACAUAGUCUAAAGUUUAAAUGAAGUUUCAGCUGAGGACUGCUGAAUCCAGAACAGUGUUUACAAGCAAAAAUCUACAGAGAUCAGGAGGGAGUAUCCAGCAUUCACUGGAGUCCAGGCACACAAACUGAUUUUACUAUAUUCAUAAAAAUUUUCUUUGCUCAUGGAAAUAAUUCCCUUGGGGUCAGUUCUUUCAACCAAACCUCACAAGACCAAAAGCUGAAAAAGAGAAACUGGGUUUUCCUUUCUGGAGAGAGAUUCUAGUCCGCAUGGAUGGGUCUUAGGGUUCUGAGUUAGCAGCUACGUUGUGCUUGGGUGGUAGCUGUGGCUUUGUCGUAACUGUCCCUUUGCUCAGGUAUUAGGUGGCUAUGUAAUCAUGAUAAUUGCAUUCCAGGUGAAGAGUACAAUGUAAACAGACUUCUCAGUUAUUUGACUAUUCAUCUGAAUAGAUGAACUUUGAAAAUGUGUUGGGAACCUGUCUUUACACAGAAAACAAUGCUUCAGUUUUUUAGUGCUGAUGUUUAUUUUUUAUUGGUUUACAUAAUAUAAUUUUUUAUUUUUGUUGGUAAAUGUCCCUGUUUUAACACCACUUUCUUUGGAGUUAUGCACUAGUGGAACUCCUGUGAUUUUUCUGGAAAUCAAUGUCAUGUUGUAAAGUUUUAAAAGUAUACUUUGUAUGGGAAAGGGUACUUCAGAAAUAAAGUUUAGCAAGUGAUAUGAGCAAAACAGGUCACUGUUUCGAAUCCAAUUCAAUAUUUGUAUUUUUGUAUGUCUCCUCAUGGUUUAGCUAAGUGCAAGUGUAAUGAAGUGUGCACUGAAAUGUAAAGACAGAAGCAUAUUGUGGUAUUUUUAUUCAGAAGAUCCAUUAAAGAAGCAAUAAAACAGGUACUGUGGAGAGUGUGGGAAAGGGACAUGGGGUUGCGCUGGGUUUAUCACAAUUGUUGUCUUUAUGCAAAUCAAUAAGCUCUGAAAAUUUACAGUAAUAUGGCUUCUUUUUUUUUCUCCACUGAUUCCUAAAACGAUUUUUGAUCCUGGUCUUGAUUAUGUUAUAUGACACAUGACAGUCAGUCAGAAUGAAGGAUGCUCUUAAAACACAUUCAACCAAAAACCUUGUGUAGAUAUUCACUUCAAUUGAUUUGUUGCAUUUUUAAGUUGCCAAGAAUAUCAAAAUAGGAAUGAUAUGACCAAGGUUUAAGCAUACCAGUGCAUGUGUGUAUGGUGGCCAGGCCUGAAUCUCAGGACAUCAACUUAACGUAAUGAAUAAUUCAAAAUUUAAACCAUCACUCCGCACUCUUGGCUUAUACUCGCUGAAAUAGGAUAAACCUUGGCAAUGACCACGUAAAUGUUAAGCAUACUUGCAUCACUGAAGAUUUCAUGGGCUGGCUGUGUAUUUUAGUUGAAUGUUUAUUGCUAGUUCCUAGAAUAAUAAUUAACAACAUUAACUUUUGCAGAUGUAUGGAACAAAUGUCAUUCUUCUCUAAUUAAUUCCCAGAAUAGCAGAUUCCCAGUAGCUGUUUCAGUUGUCUUGAAUUCUUUGUGCUUGGUGACCAAAUUUUAAUUUAAUUUUUAGAAUUAACCAUAUUCAGUGUUACUUUUGUUCUGGAUGGUCAGAAUGGCUGUAACUGGAAAAUGUUACACCAUCUACCCCUUGCUGGAAUAUGUAUUUGUUUUCUGUCCUCCUCUUCACCAUGAAGUCACUCAUUAAAAAUGGUAUACUUUAAU